AUGAAGACAGAUGAAUUAAUUGCAGAGCCCGUGUUCACAACAUCAAGAUACGGCCGGCCCGUGAUACUCUUGGACGGGUAUAGGUUCAACAAGAAGACGGGGUCGCCGUCGAAAGCGCAGCACGCGCGCUGGGUGUGCGUGAAGGACCACCACGGAUGUCGGGCUAAACUCGUAACUGUCAGCAACAAGAUCAUAUUCUCACCGGUGUACACAUUCUCGCGUUGCGGGAAACCUGUAAUUCUGUUUGGGAACAACCGUUACAACAAAGAGACCGAGAAUGACGGGCCCCGAGUGCGUUGGGUCUGUGCGAAGAUCAACUCGCACAAAUGUCCGGGCACCGUCACCACUUACAACAACAUUGUCGUACAUGCAAUAUUCCUGGAGUCACGGAACGGUAGACCGGUGAUACAGAUUGGGAAUUACCGGUUCAACAUGUGGAGCGGUAGCCGAGGGCCGCGCGCCAGGUGGAUCUGCGUCAAAGUGCACUCCGGCUGUCCAGCCACACUCAUCACCCUGGACAAUGUCAUCGUCAAACAGAAACCCCAUAAUCAU